UAAUGAGGUCGGCGUCCUCGGGGAGCGAGACGAUGGUCCACAUCCAGACCUAGCGAGAAGGUUUCCCCCUCGGCUGAAGCCUCCAGCUGACCUUCUCCGUCCACAUGUUCCUGCCCAAAGACAACUAGCUCCAUAGAAACUUGUUUUCCGAGCGCUAUAAAGUUCCAGCAUGGACAACCUGAUAGACUUUGACCAGCCGUCCGACGCCUCGUCUCUCUGCGUGGAAGCUCAGCGCCGCACAGACGCCUUCUCCCCUGAGCCGCGGGCGUCCGUCCAGCAGACCCCGCUCCUCCCAGAACCCCUGGCGCCGACCAGAGCCGGCGCCCAGCGUCCGCCGGCGGAGGGACGCCACGACGACAGCGAUGCCACAGAGUCUGCAGACAGCGAGAACGACAUGGACCCGCCGUCCCUGAAAUGGGAGCUGAGGAGGUCCUCUUCGUCGUCGGCUCACAGCGGCGAGGACGCAGACGCCGACGCCGUGGAGAGGAGGCGGUUCAUGAAGGCCUACGUGGAGAAGGUGUUUCACGGAAAGGAGGACUUUGACCAGGAAGAGAAGGCGAGGUUCGGAGAGCUGUGCAGCGGGGAGAACGGAAAAGGCAGGGAAUGGUUUGCCAAGUACGUCAGCGCCCAGCGCUGCCACUCCAAGUGUGUGUGUGAAGCCACGUUCUACAGGCUGGUCCAGUCCUUUGCAGUCGUGCUGUUUGAAUGUUACCAGAUGGACGACUACAGCCCGGCUAAAAACCUCAUGACCAUGUGCUUCACGUAUUACUACAUCGGGAAGAGCCCGCCGUCUCCCUCUGACCUGCUGGAACGCGGCGUGCCUCCGGCGGGUCUGGACUCCUACCUGAACAAGGCCAACUCCUGGCUGUCAGGAAAGAAGGACGCCGCAGAGCGCCUCCUCAAAAACACGUCCAAAACCGACGUCAAAGGCUUCUUCGGAGGCCUGGAGAGCAAACUGAGGAGCUCAAUGGCUCCCAGGUCCGAUGACGGCCCCGUCGAGAUGAAACCCAAGUCACCAGAGUCGGAGGCUCCGGAAGAGAAGAAAGGAGAAAAGGUUUAUCUGUACACUCACCUGAAGCAGCAACCCAUCUGGCACACGCUCAGGUUCUGGAACGCCGCCUUCUUCGAUGCCGUCCAUUACGAGAGGAGGAAGAGAUCUCCGACCACGAGCGGAGCGCAGGACGCAGAGAGCAGCGAGAGGGAGAAGUGGGACCACAUGACCCAGGAGGAGAGAGACGACAGCUCCAAAAUCGACGAGAACAUCGCUUUUGGCCAGCUGGGGACUUUCACCCAUAACAUGCUGGCCUUCGGUCUCAGCAAAAAGCUCUGUAACGACUUCCUGAAGAAGCAGGCGGUCAUCGGGAAUCUUAAUGAAGAGCAAUACAAGCUGCUGAGCGACCACAUUGACAAGAUGGCGGCGGAGUGAGUCCGAGGACGGCGCCGGUUUCCCCUCCAGCUCGACGUCACUCCCCAUAUUUAUGUUGUCCGGUGCUGAAACCCUUCGUCUGCUGUGCUGGACGUCUUCUCUGGGAAUAUGAGCGAUAAUCUGCCACCAUCAGCCGCUCAUAUACCGGAACCAGAGAACGAGCGGCCGCCAUGUGUUCAUGUGCAGAUGUCCAACAUGGCUUCUGGUGUGAUUUCCUGUCAAACGCGUCUCUUUUAAGGAUUCAGCAUAUCGUGAUCUGAUGUUCAGACGUUUAUUUAUUUAGUUGUUGUAUUUUUAUAUAUGUUUUGUUUUUUGCUGUUCUGUAGCUUCUCCCUUGUAAACUGACAGACACAAACGAGUAGGACGUUCACUUCGAUCAAAGCUGUAAUCUGCCCAGGCGUUCAACACAAAGGUUUUACGCCAGCUUCAGCAAACCCGAUCUGGUUCAUCUCAACGACAAAACAAAAAAAAAAAACUUUUAAAAAUGACGUUAAGGGGAAAUUUUACACACUUCAAUCUCACUUUAGCUGCUUUAACUCACACACUCAGAUUUAUCCCGCCUGCCAAGUGCCUUUUGUGGAAGUGAUGAUCAUUCCUGACCCUCGCCGCGCUCCGUCCCACUUCCAGGUGACUUCAUCUCCUGGAUCCUGCUGCAUGCUGCAUGUCCAAACCCAGUGAGCUGCUGUUACCUUGUCCUGCCACUAAGGGGCAGCAUCGUGUCACAGACAUGACUGAAGCUCCAGGCUUCAUACAUUAAUCUCUGGUGUAAAUAUACAUGUUCCUCUUUAAAUGUUGAAGAAUUAGACGUAAAGCUGUCUGUAGCGCCCCCACGUGUCCGUCUGAGGUAGUUUUUUCCGUGUUCUCUGUGAAAUGUAAAGCAGUUGCUCUGCAGCUACAUGUUUAAAUCGAUCCGUGUGAAUAAGCGUCGGUUCAUUUAGAGCAGAAAUGUAACUGGAUCUGCACCUGUCCGACCUGACCUGAGGUGUCGGCCGCUGUGUUGUACAUGUCAGCUCACGCUAAGCCCUUUGCACUACAUUUACUCUCUUCAUGUCCGCCCAUGAGUGUUUCUGGGCCUUAAAGUGGAAACUGUACGGACCGCUCAACGUUUAACUCAUGUAAUCAAAUCCAAAAACCGGGUGAUUAAAUUGUGAAUAUGAUUUAAGGAAAA